CACCUUAAGCUCAUAUCCCUCCUAGCAAUAACAACAUCCCUUUAAUUCCUUCAUCCAAAAACCAAUGGCUUUCAAGCACAGAUCCAUUGCCUAUCUACUUUCGAUCUUGAUCUUUGUAUCCUUGCAUGUAGCAAAUGGUAUUCCUCCAGAAACCAUUUGUGGGUCCACCGUAAACCCUACUUAUUGUAAAAACAUACUUGCCAAUCAAAAUGGAAACAUUUAUGACUACGGUCGAAUUUCAAUUCGAAAAUCCUUAUCGCAAUCCCGUAAGUUCAUGAACUCAAUAGACUCACACCUUCAAGGUGGUUCGUCUUUGUCUCAAUCCACAAUUCGUGCUCUUGAAGAUUGUCGAUUCCUUGCUGAAUUGAGUUUUGAAUACUUAUCAAACACCUAUACAACAACAAAUCAAUCUAGUAAUGUUCUUCCAACUUCUCAAGCAGAAGACUUUGAAACUUUUCUUAGUGCCGUUUUGACUAAUCAACAAACAUGUUUGGAAGGUCUAAACACUAUAGCUUCUGAUCAGAGAGUGAAGAAUGAUUUGUUGUCAUCGCUCUCCGAUGAUAUGAAGCUUCAUAGUGUCACCCUAGCGUUGUUCAAAAAAGGUUGGGUUCCUAAAAAUAAAAUAAGAACAUCAUGGCCACAAAAUGGAAAGCAUUUGAAUUUCAAAAAUGGUCGUUUGCCAUUGAAGAUGUCAAAUAAAGCACGUGCUAUUUAUGAUUCCGCUAGACGCAAUGGGAGAAAACUACUUCAAACUAAUACUAAUGAAGAUAGUGUUGUGGUGAGUGAUGUUGUCGUUGUUAGUCAAGAUGGAAGUGGAAACUUUACCGCAAUCAAUGACGCCGUAGCUGCUGCACCAAAUAACACGGUUGCUAGUGAUGGAUACUUCUUCAUAUUUAUCACCAAAGGUGUGUAUCAAGAGUACGUAUCUAUACCCAAAAACAAAAAGUACUUGAUGAUGGUUGGAGAGGGAAUCAAUCAAACAGUUAUCACAGGAGACCACAAUGUUGUUGAUGGUUUCACAACAUUCAAUUCGGCUACAUUUGCUGUAGUUGGUCAAGGGUUUGUGGCAGUUAACAUAACAUUUCGCAACACCGCUGGACCAAGCAAACACCAAGCAGUUGCACUAAGAAGUGGAGCAGAUAUGUCCACCUUCUAUAGUUGUAGCUUUGAAGGGUAUCAGGACACAUUGUAUACACAUUCUCUAAGGCAGUUUUAUCGAGAAUGCGAUAUAUACGGAACAGUUGACUUCAUAUUUGGAAAUGGUGCAGUUGUUUUGCAAAAUUGUAACAUUUAUCCUCGCCUUCCGCUAAGUGGACAAUUCAAUUCCAUCACAGCUCAAGGUCGAACUGAUCCAAAUCAAAACACUGGAACUUCUAUACAAAAUGCAACUAUUAAAGCAGCAGAUGAUUUGGCUCCGAAAGUUGGAACUGUACAAACAUACCUUGGGAGACCGUGGAAAGAAUAUUCGAGGACAGUUUUUAUGCAAUCUUUCAUGGACAGCUUCAUAAACCCUGCUGGUUGGCAUGAAUGGAAUGGUGAUUUUGCGUUGAAUACUUUGUACUAUGCAGAGUACAGCAACAGAGGAGCGGGUUCAAGCACCGUGAAUCGAGUGACAUGGCCUGGUUAUCAUGUUAUCGGUGCUACCGAUGCAGCCAAUUUCACGGUGUCCAAUUUCUUGAGUGGUGAUGAUUGGAUUCCUCAAACUGGUGUUCCAUACUCCAGUGGAUUGAUAUAGUCAAAUUCAAACACCUAGAGUAUGAAGUUGUUCAAUUUUAUAUAUUUUCUUCUAUUUAUAUAAACGUGUUUUCUCUUCACACCUAGAGCAUUUUUGUGUACGUUUUUCACAAAGGCAAUAUGAGAGUUUGUUGUAAAUAUCAUAUUAUUAUAAAAUAAUUGAUGAAUAUACAUGUCUCUCCAAAGGACAUGAUUGACUUCAGCAAUGGAUUCAGUUUAUGGCCCGUGUUUAUGUUUG